UCUAAUCGAUGGCGGUCCCGUAACACGGAGGAAAGCCUCUCGGGGUCCUCCAAUUAUUUCACCCACGAACUGAGAAGAGAGAUAGAGAGAGAGAGAGAAAGAGAUAGACGAGAGAGAUGGAGGGGACAGCGAGGGGUUCUCUGCCGUUUGUGGCGAUGAUUAUGGUGGUUCUGGCUCUAGCAAGCAACAUGGUGGUGAUGAAAAUAGCCAUGUCCGAUGGGAUCAGCAAGUACAUCAUGGUCUUUUACUGUCAGGUCGUCUCCUCUCUCGUCCUCCUUCCUUGUCCCUUCAUCAUCUCUCGCAGGUCAGGGUCGUGUCCUCCUCUCACUUUCACCGUGCUCCGCAAGAUCUUCUUGCUCGCUCUGGUUGGAUUGGUAGCACAGAUAUGCGCGUAUGCCGGCAUCGAUUACAGCUCCCCUGUGCUGGGCACGGCCAUGAUGAACCUCAUCCCAGCUUUCACUUUCAUUCUUGCCGUCAUUUCAAGGAUGGAGAAAGUGAAUUGGAAAAGCUCAAGCAGCCACGCUAAGCUUGUCGGAACCAUCGCAUCAAUCGUCGGUGCAUCAGUAGUCACUCUCUACAAGGGUCCGCCGAUCCUCCGCUCACCUCCACCUCUUCCUUACGUUCAACCUCGUCACCUUCUUUUGAUUCUCUCGCGACAGUCGAAUUGGAUUCUUGGCGGGUUUCUCCUCACGGCCGAUGCUUUCUUAUUAUCAUUAUGGUAUAUUAUACAGACAUCUAUCCUCAAAGAUUACCCCGUGGUGCUGAACAUAAUGUUUUACAAAGUGCUCUUCGGGACAAUUCUCGCCGGCCUAUUAUCCUUCAUUACAGUGAGAGAACCACGGUCAUGGAUUUUGAAACUCGACAGGGGCUUGAUCGCUAUUUUAUACUCGGCUGUGGUUGUUAGCAUCUUCAGCCUCACAUUGUGCACAUGGUGCUUAAAGAGAACUGGACCUGUUUAUGUCGCCAUGUUCAAGCCUUUUGGGAUUGUAUUCGCCGUAGGAUUGGGGUUCAUAUUUCUAGGCGAAACAUUACACCUUGGAAGCUUGAUUGGAGCGAUGGUGAUUGCGAUGGGAUUCUACGGGGUAGUGUGGGGAAAGUCUAAAGAGGAGGAAGAGAGGACAACGGAGGGUGGAAGCUUGGCAUCCUCCAGCCAUAAGAUUCCUUUGCUCCAAAACAAAGCUUCAAGCGUGUAGAUAUUCUUUGGCAGAAUAGAAAAAAGAUGGAAAAUGACAAAGGUUUAUACAUGUUUACGGCAAUGUUCCCUUUUGUCCUGCUGAAAUGGAUUCGAGUUGAAUAUUCCAAUGUGAAACGCACGUGAAAAUACGAAUACCAAUACAGGGGCAGUACCAAAAAAUGAAGAAUUCGGAAAAAUUCAUGACCA